AGAGUAAAAAUAGUUUCUUAACAAGCUUAUAAUGAUUUUCAAAUCUAAAGAAAAUAGUAUUGAGAUAAUCUCAAAAUUAGUCUCUAUAUCUUGUAUACUCUUAUGCUUGAUGUGCCCAUGCACAUGUCUGCCUCCAGAGCACAAUCAUCCUAAUGGCAUCAUACUGAUCCCUGAACUUGAGGGAAAGUCACACAUUUUGCCCCCUCCUGUUGAAGAUGUGCACAAUUCACUACUAAGUGGAGGACGAGAGGUUGACCCAUUUCCUCCAUCCAACCAUGCACCGCCUGCUACUUCUGAAAAAUCAACUCAAAAUAAGUUGAAACCUGAACAUGAAUCUGAACACUUGCAAGUCUUGAAUGAAAACAAUAUAUUGACAGGUGAAGUUGAAAAGCCAGCCUCCAUCUAUGAGAGCAUUGGAAAUAAAAGCUCUGUUGUUCCCCGCAAGGGUGUUGAUAACCCUAAGUCUAUUGUUGGUCGGAAAGGUGUUGGGGAUAUUGAAUCAACAACAAUAUUGGAAGCAGAAAUGGCAGAUGUGAUUUAUUCCACCAGCACCUCAGCCGAACCAGAACUAUCUUCAAAUACAUCCUAUGUGACGACAACUCCUCGUACUACAACACAAUUUGUUGACAGACAGCCAUACAAUGACAUUCAAAAACCUCCUUUAGAGCUCAGUACAACCACUGAGAAAAAACAGCUAUAUCCUGAAUUAAAACCUAUUGCUGUGAAAUCAUCAACAGCUUCAUAUAAGUCUACAAUCCUAGUUCCUGUUGUUAACAGUAGCCAGACGGUAGUAUCUUCAAAGCAUCUCAAACCUGAUGCUGCUGUUGACAACAUCACUAACAACUCCGUGAGCUCCUCGCUGGUGCUUGGCGUCAUGUUUGGUGUAGUCUUCAUUAUCAUCAUAGCCAUUCUGGGAUACAAGAAGCUCCAAGAUAUCUGGACCAAACGGCAUUAUGACAGGAUGGAUUAUCUGGUUGAUGGCAUGUAUGACUUGUAGCUGAAUUUAGAUAGAAAGUUUGACCAUUGGAGAUGUAUCAUGAAUUGUCCCAUGUGCAGUUACAGUACUUAACUUAAUUAUGAAUUUAGAUAAAAAGUUCGGCCAUUGGAGAUGUAUCAUGAAUUGUCCCAUGUGCAGUUAUUUAACUUAAUUAGAGAUAUUUUGAAUUUACCUACAAAAUAUACAUUUUGUAAGAAUGCGGUGGUAAAAAAAUAUUUUGGUAAUGAUUAACCACCAGCACCAUGCGUGCUUCCAUAUUUUCUAUAAACUAAUUGUUAAAUUUUAAAGUGCAGAAAUAUUUUUGUGCUUCAAAUCUUUUCUGUCUGUAAGUGGCUUGGUUGUGGUCUUGGAUGUUAUUUUAGUGAUAAGAACCUUGUAAAAUUAUCCAUACUCUUGAUAUUAUGGAAAGAAAAUGUGUUUACUUUCUAUUAGGUGUAGUUGUGUUUUAAAUCUCAACUUUGCUACAUCAUAAGUUCAAUUAUAUAAUCUUGCAAAGCAGCUUCCUUUGAAAUUGGUGUCAUAAAAGUCAAAUUGAGAAUCUCAUCGAGGUGCUUUUCUCGUUUAGUGAAAAUUUAAGAAAUGCUGUAUUUUUAAAAAUCUUUUAACAUUUUGAGGUUAACAAUUUAUGACUUUAUUUUUAAAAUGGCAGUAACAUUGCAGAUAAAUUUAUCCUUUCAGCUUGUUCCCAAACAUUUGUUAGUGAAAUGCAACAUAUUCUUCUAUCUGUGGAAAAUCCCAGUCUUUCAUCAGUCACAAACGAAUUUAAUGGAAUUUCAUUUCAAUAUUGCACUCUCAUUUUAUUUUAUGGAGGAAUUAUUCUUCAGUUUGAGAAUAUUACCUAGGAAGCUUCUAGCCGAAAAUGCUCGUCGAGGAAACCAAUAUAUUAUUUGAGUUACCGUACAUUAAACGCACUUAUUUCUUCACCAUUACGUGGCUUAAAGAUUACCAUGAAAUAACUUUUUAGCGCAUUUUCUCAUUUAUGGAAAAAAUGCACUAUUGUG